CGUGCGCGCGCGGGGCGUGCGGACUCGGGGCCGCGGGCGCGCUUCUGGCCGAGCUCGCGCGGAGGCAGAAAAGUUGCGGGGUGGAGAGAGCGCGAGCAAGCGGGGCGAGAGCGGGGCAAGCGGGGAGAGCGGCCCAGCCAUGGACGACCUCGACGCCCUGCUCGCGGACCUGGAGUCCACCACCUCCCACAUCUCCAAGCGGCCCAUGUUCCUGUCCGAGGAGACCCCCUACUCCUAUCCGACCGGAAACCACACGUAUCAAGAGAUCGCCGUGCCGCCGCCGGUCCCCCCGCCCCCCUCCAGUGAGGCGCUCAACGGCACCGUCCUCGACCCCCCAGACCAGUGGCAGAGCGGCGGCCCCCGAUACAUCCACCAGCAGUCUCAGCCUCAGUCUCCUGUGUUUGGUUCUGGUGCGAAAAAUCCUGGCGUGCCCGUGUCCCGGGACAGCCUGGGGUCCCCCUGCCCCCGCGGAGCCGGCGAGGAGGAGCACGUGUACAGCUUCCCCAAUAAGCAGAAAUCGGCCGAGCCUUCGCCAACCAUGAGCUCGUCACUAGGCAGUAACCUGUCGGAACUUGACCGGCUCCUCCUGGAACUGAAUGCCGUCCAGCACCCCACAUCUGGCUUCCUGGCAGAUGAUGCCAACCAGAGCCCUCCAGUGCCCGGGGGGCUGAGCCCCCAGUACGGCAUCCCUGAGAACAACAGCCCCCUGGGGGGAAAGGCCACCCCUCCAGUGAAGGAGAAGCCCAAGCGGAAUGGAGCCCGGGGCUUGGAGGACCUGCGCCCCAGCGUGGAGAGCCUUCUGGACGAGCUGGAGAGCUCCGUGCCCAGCCCUGUCCCGGCCAUCACUGUGAACCAGGGAGAGAUGAACCAUCCCCAGCGCGUCACGUCCAGCCAGCAGCAGACCCGCAUCUCGGCCUCCUCUGCCACCAGGGAGCUGGACGAGCUCAUGGCCUCCCUCUCGGACUUCAAGACCAGCUCCUCCAUGUGCCCAAGGUUGGAGCAGUCAGCCCGCUCCUCUGCCUCUCCAGAACCACAUGGCGCCUUCUCAUCUUCUGCUUCUUUGAUGCCCCAAACUAGCUACCUCUGCAGUGACCAGGGGGGCUCCUCUGGGGUCCUGUGGAUCGAAGAAGAUGGGGACCCAGGGAGGAACCCCCCGCCUCUGUCCUCUCCUCCUCUGCAGGGCCUGGACUGGACCAGGCCGGGGGGGAGGCCUGGUGCCGGCAGCAGUAGGCUCUCUUCAGUGGAGGGCUGUCCCUUUGGGGCAGAGGACCAGGGCCUGACUCAAAUGAAAGCUGGGGCCAGAGAGGGUCUGGGCAGUGAGAAUAGGCUUCCUGAGGCUGUUUGUUCCUCCUCCUUUUUGCCCCAUGGGCGCCCCAAGCCCAGCAGCUCUCCUGGUCUAGAGGAGGUUGGCGAUGCUUUGAGGGCACAGCUGUGGGCUCUGGAGUCCCCGGCACCCCUGGAUUUGCGCGGAGCUGUUUGGGCUGCCGAAGGAGCUACCGAACCGACUGUUGUCGCUGUGAACCGACAGGAUGUCUUCCCAGACACCUGGGGCCCUGCGGAGGAAUGCAGGGGUGGCGGCCACCCCACUCAGGCCCAGAAGGAGCGAGAGCCCGAGGGCCCUCCCAGGAGAGGCGCAUCUGCCGGGAGCCCUGCGAGAGGAGGCCAGGGCACAGAAACCCCGAGAAGCUUGGCCGGGAGCCCAGAGCGGGCCCCGGAAGCCAGGAGAGACGAGCCGGAGCUGCCCCUGGUAGAGGAAACUCCCACCGUGGAAAGGAUUUCCACCUCUGGCCAGUUCAUGGCUCAGGGGAAGGUGGGGAGCAGCUCCCCGCCCGGCGGUCCCCCAAAGCCAGGAAGCCAGCUGGACAGCAUGCUGGGGAGCCUGCAGUCAGACCUGAACAAACUCGGUGUGGCCACAGUCGCCAAAGGGGUCUGCGGGGCCUGCAAGAAGCCCAUUGCGGGGCAGGUGGUGACAGCCAUGGGCAAGACGUGGCACCCGGAGCACUUCGUCUGCACCCACUGCCAGGAGGAGAUCGGCUCCCGGAACUUCUUUGAGCGGGACGGGCAGCCCUACUGUGAAAAGGAUUACCACAACCUCUUCUCCCCCCGCUGCCACUACUGUAACGGGCCCAUCCUGGAUAAAGUGGUGACGGCCUUGGACCGGACCUGGCACCCCGAGCACUUCUUCUGUGCCCAGUGUGGGGCCUUCUUCGGGCCUGAAGGGUUCCACGAGAAGGACGGGAAGGCAUAUUGUCGGAAAGAUUACUUCGACAUGUUUGCCCCCAAAUGUGGCGGCUGUGCCCGGGCCAUCCUUGAGAACUACAUCUCUGCCCUCAACACCCUCUGGCACCCCGAGUGUUUCGUCUGCCGGGUGUGCUUCACGCCGUUCGUCAACGGCAGCUUCUUUGAGCACGACGGGCAGCCCUACUGCGAGGUGCACUACCACGAGCGGCGCGGCUCCCUGUGCUCGGGCUGCCAGAAGCCCAUCACGGGCCGCUGCAUCACCGCCAUGGCCAAGAAGUUCCACCCCGAGCACUUCGUGUGCGCCUUCUGCCUCAAGCAGCUCAACAAGGGGACCUUCAAGGAGCAGAACGACAAGCCCUACUGCCAGAACUGCUUCGUGAAGCUCUUCUGCUAGGGCCCGGCCGGCCGCAGCCUCCCCGCGGCCCUCCCGCUGCCGGCGAGCGGGCAGACCCGGCCACCCACACUGGAACCCCUUCUUGGGCUGCCGCUCAGGGAGUUUCGGGGGGGCUGCCCCUCCCCUCGCCAGCACCCCCCGAGAGGCAGGGCUCGGCUGGGCCCCUCCGGCCGAGGCUCUCCCUCACUUGGUUCUACUGAGAAAGGACCGUCCAGCAAUAAUAUUUUGUAUUGACGCGGCCGUGGCGGGCGGCCGGGGAGGGCAGCCCCCAGCCGGGCGCCGACGCCGGCCCGCGUUGGGUAGAUUUCUACACUGAGCUUUGAUUCCUGUGUGUUUGGGUUGCUUUUAAUUCUCUUUGAAACGCUUUUGGACAGCUUUUCCAGACUCCUUUUGGCCUCCUCCUCGGGCGCCGCUCUUCCCGGGAGGGUCUUCUUUGUGGCCGGGAGGCGGCCGCCAUCUUUUUCUAGCACAAACCGGGGGCGGGCCCGGAGGAGCCUUUUCUAUCCCCUCCUCACAGUUCAUUGGUUUGUAAACUGCUGUAUUCAGACCUCCUUCCUCCUGCCCCCACCGCGGGCGCCCCUCACUGGCCCGCCUGCGGCUCGGGAUCGGAACUCCCCGGACUUCCCAGAUUUCUGCCGGAUUGAGUUUGGGGCUCUCCAGCGACGCCUCUGGGCCUUCUUUCUCGAGGCCUUAUUUGCCCAGAGGCCCCGCUCCGACCGUCCGGCAGAGCCUGGUGGCGGCCCUCCUCGGCCCAGGAAGCACCGUUUGUGCCCCAUUUCAGGCCGGAGGGAUGGAGUUCCCUAUGGAAAGGGAUGAUGGAGCCGGGGGGGGGGGGGGGGGCGCUUGCCUCGCCUCGCCCCCUUCAUCCCCAUUUUGUGCUGACGGGAUGAUGUUUGGACGGAGCAGAGGCUGGCCGAGAGGAGGGGCUCGCUUAGGGGCCACGCGAGCGGGAGGGGCCGAGCUGGCGCCCCGACUCCCCAGCUGAGGGGGAGCCCGGAGCCUCUGUUGUGGGGCGUCCCCACGUCCACCUCGAGGCCUUAGCACUCUGUUUACAGUGACCUGCCCCGCCCCUCCCCGCUGGGCUCAGGGACAUCUCGGGACACCUCUCGGGGCAACACUUUGGUUUGAUUCUUCCCCCUAUAAACCUCUAACCUUGCUUUUCCCAGUUAAAGUCCUGUGAUUUAUGCCAAUAAAAUUUACUAUGAUUUUCA